AUGAGCAGCAAAGUGUCUCGUGAUAGCCUCCGUGAAGCUGUGGGGGAGGUUCUACUGGGGGCAAGGAGGAAGAAGAGAAAGUUUCUUCAAUCCAUGGAACUUCAGAUCAGCCUGAAAAACUAUGACCUCCAAAAGGACAAGCGUUUCUCUGGCACUCUCAGGCUAAAGUCUACACCAAAGCCCAAAUUCUCAUCAUGCAUUUCGAGAGAUCAAAAGCACUGUGAUGAAGCUAAGGCUGUGGAUUUACCCAACAUGGAUAUUGAGGCUCUUAAGAAACUUAACAAGAAGCUUGGAAGAAGUUGGCUAAGAAGUAUGAUGCCUUUUUGGCCUCUGAAUCACUUACCAAGCAGAUUCCUCGUAUUUUGGGGCCUGGUGUGUAUAAAGCAGGAAAAUGUCCUGCUUUGUUGACUCACAAUGAGAACAUUGUGGCCAAGGUUGAUGAAGUCAAGUCCACUAUCAUGUUUCAGAUGCAAAAGGU